CAACAGCAAGCGCAUGCUUGAAAACCACGUGACAGAAGAAUGUAAACAAACAAAGACUAAAAACUAAAACAGCUCUGAAAAGGGUAAAAAAAAUUUGUUCGCAUAGUCUAUCAUCUGUCAAAAGGGGCAACAGCCACAAAAAAUGGACGAAGAGAAGGCAGACGGCCAGAGUGCCAACUCGUCCUCACAGACGAGCCUUCUGUACUCGUCCCUGAUGGACUUCAGCGAAGGCCGGAGCACAGUUGUUAGCAUGUGCAACGUCAGUCUUGCAGACAUCACGGCUCCCAGUCCAGAGGCUGCACUUGCUCCUGCUUUACUUUAUCAAGAGCCAUUGCUUUCUGACAGCACGGUGAACCAGCCAUCAGAGCCAAUAGACGGGAAACCAUCAGCACCUUCGUCAAGUACUCCAGCAGAAACGUUUUCUUCUGACAAUGAGGAAAACUCGAAAACUUAUGAUUCGUCUGAUAAAUUGAAAAAUAAAAGCAUACCAGAAAAUUGGAUAAGAAAUAAACUUAAGUCUGCUAGAUUAACGGGAAGUGAAUUUAUUAAUGAAAAAGGUGAUGUGAUUCCAGCAAGGAAAACGGGAAAUAGUUGCAGUUGUAAAAUGAAUUGUCUCAAGAAGACAACUAAUGAAGAAAAAGAUAGCAUGAUAAAGCUGUUUAAUUCCCUCCAAACGAAAGACGCGCAAGACAAGUAUCUGCAGAAACUGAUUGUUUGCAGAUCACCGGCUCAGCGCAAGAGCAAAGUGAAUAAAGUGGUUAGAAAACACAGUUUUUAUUACUUCAUUGCUCCGCGGGGUAACAAGGGGUUUAAAGUGUGUAAGAGCGCUUUUUGUGACUACUAUGGAAUAACAGUUUCCCGCGUGGACCGAAUUUGCGUGCUUCUGAGCAACGGGAAAGAACCUGAAGAUCUGCGUGGCAAGGGUGAAAGUGCAAAUACAGUUCCUGACCAAGUGUGUUGGAGUGUUUGGGACCACAUUUCGAGCUUUCCUCCAAGCAAAGCGUAUAUUCCAGGGAAAAAGACGCCCAUUCUUUACUUGGAUGCCAAGUUAAAUGUGAAAAAGAUGUAUAAAAUGUAUUCUGAGAGCUCUAAUCAAAGUGUUUCAUAUAAUUUUUAUAGGCGGUAUUUUUUGCAGCAUUUUAAUUUGACUUUUGGUGAACCUAAAAGCUGUAUCACCAUGUUGAAUGAUAGUGAAUGAUGAUUGCUAAUAAAUUUUUAGCUUUAAAGAGUU